GAGGGGGAUCACCAAAAGAAACAGCCCAUCUUCAGUUCAUAGGCACUCACAAGUCACAACCGGGCCUAAUAAGUGGAGACCUCUCUCUGGCGGCGGCAUUGCAGCUUCCCGGCGCCCGCGAAUUCUUGCCUCGACCUUCCGGUUCCCCUUUUUUUGGCCUCCCUGAUGCGUUCCAAGGACCGGAUCGCCUACUUCUACGACGGGGAUGUUGGAAACGUGUACUUUGGGCCUAACCACCCGAUGAAGCCACAUCGCCUUUGUAUGACCCACCACCUUGUUCUAUCCUACGAGCUUCAUAAUAAGAUGGAAAUUUAUAGGCCACACAAGGCUUAUCCGGUUGAGCUGGCACAGUUUCAUUCAGCUGAUUACGUUGAGUUCUUGCAUCGGAUUACCCCAGACACUCAACACAUGUUCUUGAAUGAUUUGGCCAGAUAUAAUCUUGGAGAAGAUUGCCCUGUUUUUGACAACCUGUUUGAAUUCUGUCAAAUUUACGCUGGUGGCACAAUAGAUGCUGCGCGAAGGUUGAACAAUCAGCUAUGUGACAUUGCCAUAAAUUGGGCUGGUGGAUUACAUCAUGCCAAGAAGUGUGAGGCAUCUGGAUUUUGUUACAUCAAUGACCUUGUUUUGGGGAUUUUAGAGCUUCUAAAGUAUCAUGCUCGAGUUCUGUACAUUGAUAUAGAUGUUCACCAUGGUGAUGGUGUCGAAGAAGCAUUUUAUUUUACAGACAGGGUGAUGACUGUUAGUUUUCACAAGUACGGAGAUUUGUUCUUCCCUGGAACUGGUGAUGUUAAGGCAAUAGGAGAGAGAGAAGGGAAAUUUCAUGCCAUAAAUGUCCCACUCAAAGAUGGAAUAGAUGAUCCUAGCUUUACUCGGCUUUUCAAGACGAUUAUUGCCAAGGUUGUUGAAACAUAUUUGCCGGGAGUGAUAGUUCUACAAUGUGGUGCGGAUUCGCUUGCUGGUGAUCGCUUGGGCUGCUUCAACCUCUCCAUUGAUGGACAUGCUGAAUGUGUCAGGUUUGUCAAGAAAUUCAAUUUGCCUCUACUGGUAACUGGAGGUGGGGGAUACACAAAAGAGAAUGUUGCUAGAUGUUGGACUGUUGAAACCGGAGUUCUUCUAGAUACAGAGCUUCCCAAUCAGAUCCCAGAAAAUGAGUAUAUUAAAUAUUUUGGACCAGACUACUCAUUGAAGAUUCCAAACGGGCAUAUAGAGAACUUAAAUAGCAAGUCAUAUCUUAGCACUAUCAAAAUGCAGGUGUUGGAGAAUCUUAGAUCCAUUCAACAUGCUCCAGGUGUACAGAUGCAAGAGGUUCCACCAGACUUUUAUAUUCCUGAUUUUGACGAAGAUGAGCUGAAUCCAGAUGAACGUGUAGAUCAACACACACAAGACAAGCAAAUCCAGCGAGAUGACGAAUAUUACGAAGGUGACAAUGAUAAUGAUCAUAACAUGGAUGAUGUGUAAAGUCAGCCAGGGAGAUACCCCUUUUUAGCGGUCAGGAAAAUUAGAUUUUGUACUGUAGGGGGACCUUAUAUAAUGUGGGCAAAGGUGUAGGGUACUAGUGAUUUGAAAUACAUCUGUUCUUCAUAUUGAUUGUAGUAGCCCUGUCUAUGCUGAAAACCUGGUUGUAAAGAGAUUUAUCGACAUUUAGCCAAAGAUUUGAGGGUUUACAAAGAGUGAAGACAAUCAUGGUCAUGUGCAAUCAAUGUUUCAACUUUUCUUGCUUGAAGCGUUAAAAUUCAGGUUGUU